UCAUCCUAGCAACAACAAACGUAAGCAAAAAAAAACACCAUAGCCUCUGCUUACCUCUUAAUUAGUCAUGGCCAUCUCCAAGUUUUUCAUUGCUUCUCUUCUUAUCUCUCUCUUGCUUCUCCAAUUUGCCGUGGCUGAUGAGACCAGAGCAAAGCAAAUUGACUGCGGUGCGGCUUGUGAUGUUAGGUGUUCAAAAUCCUCCAGGCCGAACCUGUGCAAGAGGGCAUGUGGAACUUGCUGUGCGCGUUGCAACUGUGUUCCUCCCGGGACUUCCGGUAACUAUGAAGCCUGCCCCUGCUAUGCCAACGAAACCACCCACGGUGGCAAACCCAAGUGUCCUUGAAGUUCAACCCAAUCUAGCAUAUCUUCUAUUAUUAUUUGUGAUAAUUAAGUUUGUUUUCUACCCAAAAAAAAAAGAAGUUUGUUAUAUGGUAUUAAAUUCAAAGCGAUCAAUAAAUAAAGGAAGGUGACACUA